AUGAAAAGGACAAUAAACGAAGGGAACAUUGUCGCAUCAUAUGUACAAUAUUCAGCUGUUCGAUGUCUACACCACAGACGAUUUGUAAUUUGCAGACGGGGUACUUCCGGUGAGGUCGGCGACUUCGUCACCCGAAUUCCUGCAGUAGUCCUUCAUGGACGUAGUAGUAAAGAGGGACGACUUCAACAUCCAGUUUAUUUUGUUUCACCUAAAUGCCGACAGAAGAGGAUAAAAGAUUACCGGUUAGUUCUUGCCGGAGCUGCAACUUCUCGAAAAACAAGACUUGCCUCCUUCAUCUAUAGCCUUCUUUAUAGAGAUGGGGAAGGAGAGAUGGAUCCACCACCAGCAGAGUCUAGUUAA